CCCCAGGGUGUGGAUCAGUGUAUUCAGAAGUUUCUGGAUGUCGCCAGACAGACAGAAUGUUUCUUCCUGCAGAAGCGUCUUCAGUUAUCAGUCCAGAAACCCGACCAGGUGGUCAAAGAGGAUGUGUCUGAGCUGCGGAAUGAACUCCAGAGGAAAGAGCUGCUUGUUCAGAAACACCUGUCUAAGCUGCACCACUGGCAGCAGGUUCUAGAGGAUGUCAGUGUGCAGCAUCGUAAACCAUCAGAUCUCCCUCCACCUGGACCCUUGGCCUUCCUGGAACAGGCCUCAGCUAGUCUACCUGCUGCACCACUCAAACAGACCUAACACACACACUCUCUCUCUUCUGGAAAGUACAUCAUCUUUGUUUUCUUUUUGACUUGUGUAAAUAUUUCUGAGUCUGUUUUUUUUUUUGUCCUGACAGAAUAAAUGAGCUUGGAUCAGA